GUUUGAGUUACACCUACGUCUUUUUUACAUCAACCGAUUAGAACUGACGAAGUUUGGAAGGGUGCAACUGCAACAUCUAUUCCUUCGCCACUUUUGGUCAUCAUAAAACCUUCAAAAUUGGGUACACAUUUCCUGCACCAAUAAACUACCAUCUUCUAUAAUUUGUUCCAGUAACUCCACCCCUUUCAUGACAAUCUAGAUUGAGAACAAUCAACCGUUUUCGUUUUGCUUAAUUAAUCUCACAAAAGAAAUAAGAAAUAUGGCAGAAGUUCAACUACCCACUUACGACAUCAUCAUCUUCGGAGCAUCUGGUUUCACAGGUAAAUAUGUCGUCAGAGAAGCAAUCAAGUUUCUUGAUUCGCCGAAUUCGCCUCUCAAAACCCUCGCUCUAGCCGGUCGGAACACUUCUAAACUCUCCCAAACCCUAAAAUGGGCUGCCACAUCUCACCCCACCGUCCCCCUCCUCAUUGCCGACACAUCUGAUCCAUCCUCUCUCCGCCGCAUGGCUUCCCAAGCUAAGCUCGUCCUCGAUUGCGUUGGCCCUUUUCGCCUUUACGGUGAGCCCGUCGUCGCUGCCUGUGUUGAAGCGGGGUGCGAUUACCUGGAUAUUUCAGGUGAGCCGGAGUUCAUGGAGAGGAUGGAAGUCGUGUACCAUGAGAAGGCGGUGGAGAAAGGUAGUUUGGUGAUCUCGGCUUGUGGAUUUGAUUCGAUUCCGGCAGAAAUAGGGUUGAUGUUCAAUUCCAGGCAGUGGGUGUCGCCGGCGGUUCCCAAUCGGGUUGAAGCCUACCUGUCCCUUGAAUCGGAUAAAAAGAUAGCAGGUAAUUUUGGGACUUUUGAGUCUGCGGUUUUGGGAGUGGCUAAUGCUGAUAAGCUGGCGGAGCUUCGACGAUCAAGACCCAAAAGAGCUCGACCUACGAUCCCGGGUCCUCCUCCUCCAAAAGGAUCGACCAUAGAACACCAAAAACAGAUCGGACUUUGGGCUGUGAAACUCCCAUCAGCCGACGCCACCGUUGUCCGGAGAACGCUUUCCAUCCUUACAGAAAACCCAAACGGUCUUGAAGGAGUCAACGAGGAUCCUAAACACGCAGAGAAACGCUCCUCCUUUUGGUCUACAAUAAAACCUGCUCAUUUCGGAGUAAAGAUUGCCACCAAGAAUCUUCUGGGUAUGAUUGGAAUCAUCGCCACCGGGAUAUCAAUUGGGCUUCUGGGCAGCUUCUCAUUCGGGAGGUGGCUUCUGUUGAAAUUCCCCUCUUUUUUCAGUUUCGGAGGGUUCAGAAAGGAAGGUCCCACAGAGGAAGAAGUCGCUAGCGCCAGUUUCAAGAUGUGGUUCAUCGGCCAUGGCUUCAGUGACGCCAAUCUUGCUUCUCAGGCGACAUCAAAGCCUGAUAAAGAAAUCAUUACGAGAGUAAUGGGCCCUGAAAUUGGGUAUUUAACAACUCCCAUCACUCUAGUUCAGUGUGCUCUGAUCCUUUUGAAGCAGCGCCAAGAUCUUCCAAAAGGCGGCGUCUUUCCUCCCGGGAUCAUUUUUGGCCCAACCGACCUUCAAGAUCGACUACAGGAGAACGGGAUUUCGUUUGAUUUGAUUUCAAAGACCGAUAUCAAUAAUGUCUCUACAUAAAGCUCUUUUCUCAAAAUUUUAUGCAAUAAAACCUUCUUAUAACACAUAAAAAGUUAGAUACAUCUUACAACAAUCCUACCAAAAUACAUUUUUUAUUUUUCAUUCAAGGUGGUCGUGAGGCUUAAAUGACAUGAACAUAGCCGCAUAAUGUUGAAGCCGGACAUUAUUCCUUGAACCAUGAUUGAAUGUCCCCCUCCUUGUUCUUGAAACAUAAUGGCGCCAUGCAAUUUGUAUAUUAACAGCAGCCCAUGUUCUCCAGUUUGAUGAAUAGUACCUUGCUCUUCGCUUCAUUUUUUCAUUAACAAAAUUGUAACGAAAAUGAUUAGUGAUGUACCUUAGAUGUUUAGCAUCUAGUGCAAAUGCUUCUGUUGGUUUGACACAAGUGAAUGUAGCAGUUGCAGCAGGAAAACGGUCUAUAAAUGGAACACGAAGGCACCAUGAAAGUAGCUCAUCUCCAAAGAAACUCCCUGGUUCUAAUAUGCUUGUUGCAACCAUCCCUCGACUUAGCAAUUGGGUUCUUUUUACUUUUCCAUCAACUAUAAACACCAUUCUCUG